GUCUGGUGAAGGAGCUGUCAGUAGGCGCCAUGUCAGGCUGCGAAGGUGGCAAAAAGAAGCCCCUGAAACAGCCCAAGAAGCAGGCCAAGGAGAUGGAUGAGGAAGAUAAGGCUUUCAAGCAGAAACAGAAAGAGGAGCAGAAGAAACUCGAGGAGCUAAAAGCCAAGGCCGCGGGCAAGGGACCCCUGGCCACAGGUGGAAUUAAGAAAUCUGGCAAAAAGUACGCUGUUCCUCAUAUUUGAAAUGAUGGUGACCCUCUUCCAUUCCUAUUUAAACAUCUGGAUUCCCUGCCAUAACAUCUUUGCCACCUACAGCUAGAAUGAAGUGUUACCCUGGAGCCUGUUAAACAUCUGGAUUCCCUACUAUAACAUCUUUGCCACCUACAGCUAGAAUGAAGUGUUAUCCUGGAGCCUGUUGUACAUUGUGAUAAACUUUUGUAAAAAAAAAAAAAA